GACUCUAUUGAUUGGUCAACGAGGAGAUGUAAAAAAUGGCUGCCUUGCCUUCUCCUACUCAGGUGGCAGGGACCCACAGUUCUAUAUACGAAGCCUAUUAUCAUCAAGUUGACCCGAACGGCUCGGGCGCGAUCCAAGCUUUGGACGCGGCGCGGUUUCUCAAGAAGUCCCGGCUCAGCGAUGUCGUACUCAGCAAGAUAUGGGACCUUUCGGACCCCAAUGGCAAGGGGUACUUGGACAAGGCGGGGUUGUUCGUGGCGCUGAAGUUGGUGGCGCUGGCGCAGGCCGGCAAGGACAUCAAUAUGACCAACAUACACAGCGAAGCGCCGCCGCCUAAAGUCGGUGAAUUGCCGAAAGUGCCACCGCCGAGCGCCACGCCCGCGCCAGCCGCGGCGCCCGGCGGCGGCGGCGACUGGAGCAUCAAGCCGGCUGAGCGAGAGAAGUACAGCCAGCUGUUCGACUCCCUGCAGCCCAGCAAUGGCCUCAUACCCGGCAAUAAGGUGAAAGGAGUUUUGAUGGAGUCAAAAUUACCGUUAGAGACCCUCGGGAAGAUCUGGGAUUUAGCCGAUCAGGACAAAGAUGGCAUGCUGGACAGACACGAGUUUAUUGUGGCGAUGCACCUGGUGUACAAGGCGCUGGAGAAGCACGCGGUGCCGACGAUGGUGCAGCGUGUGCAGGGCUCGCAGCAGCAGCGCCAGCAGGCACGCUGCGCCCAGCAGCGACAGCCGCCGCCCGCACCCCCCGCACCCCCAACACCCCCCACUGCACCCAUUCCAGAGGCGGGUCUGAACCUGGGCCCGCAGCCGACGCCGGAGCUGGAGGCGAUAGCGCGCGAGGCGGACGCGCUGGCGCGGGAGCGGCUCGCGCUGGAGGCCGAGCUGGCCGCCAAGCAGCAGGACCUCGUCGCCAAGGAGGGGGAGGCUGACAGCUUGCAGCGCGAACUCGACACAUUGACGGCGACGUUGAAACAAUUAGAGAACCAGAAGGGUGAAGCACAGAAGCGACUUAACGACCUAAAGACACAGGUGGAGAAGCUGCGGUCGCAGGCGAGCGCGCAGGAGGCGGCGGCGGCGGAGACGGAGGCGGAGGUGGCGGGCAGGCGCGCAGCUGCGCAGUCGCAGCGCACGCGCGAGCAGGCGCUGCACGCCGAGCUGCGCGACGCGGAGGCCGCCGCGGACGCGCUCACUGCGCAGCUGCAGCGCACCGUGCUCGCGCUCAGUCAAGCGCGAGUGAAGAUCGACCACCUGGAGGAGCACGAGCGCGCGAUGGAGGCGGCGCUGGCGGCGAUGGCGGCGGGGCGCGCGCCCGCAGCGCUGCAGCCGCUGCACGAGCCGCAGUACCUGCAGCGUCUAGCGCGCGGCGCCUCGCUCGAGGACGAGCCCUUCCCCGACGCGAAGACGAACUCCCACUCAGCGGACCCCUUCGCCCCCAGCGACCCCUUCGCGCCCUCCGGCGGGCCAGCACACGCUCAGGACGGUUUUGGUGCGGAUCCAUUCGCCGGCGACGCGUUCGCCCCAAGCGAGCCAGCCGCCGCAGCUAAUGAUAGUGCAUGGGAGUCGGAUCCGUUCGCAGUGCUGCACGCGCCGACGAGGGGCUCCGCCCCGUCAGGCGGCGCGCCCCCCGCAGCCCCGGCGGCGGCGGCGGCGGGGGCGGGGGCGGAGGGCAAGCGGCACAAGACGCCGCCCCCGCGCCCCGCGCCGCCUCGCCCCAACCCCCCGCACAAGACCGACCGCGCCAAACCGAUGGAAUUCACCGACGACCCCUUCAAAGACUACAGAUACGAGGACCCCUUCAAUAUAGAGGACCCUUUCGCCGACGUCACCGACUCCAGGAAGGUAGACCCCUUCGCUCGUUCCACCUCCGCCGUCGGCUUCGAGAUGGACGACUUCUCCCCCCUCCCCGUGCUCAACGGCGGCCCCAAGCCCCGCAGCGGCCGCGCCUCCGCCCCGCCCCUCGCCCCGCCCCUCGCACACGACCCCUUCGCCGCGCGCGCCGAGCUCCAGAACAACAACGACUCGUGGGCGGCCUGGCCCGACGACAACUGGGCCUCCGACGACGCCUGGACCAGGCCCGGCGCCAACAACUCCGCCGCCUCCGCCUCCGCCUUCGCCUCCGCAGACCGCAAGACCGACAACUGGGCCAGCAAGGCCGACAACUGGGCGGCGGACUGGGGCGCCGUCGACGCCAACAAAAACCUCAACGAAACCUGGCCCAACACCAACACCCUACCCUCCAAGAAGGAGAAAUCUCCGAAACCGGUGAAGUACGCGAAAUCGCUCGUUCACACAAUAGGCGGGAUAGGGAGGACGAAGCAGAACAAAGAGAAGAAGACUAAACCGAGUGAGGCGAAGAGUGUGGAAUUCCUGCCGUCAGAGGAGCAACAGUGGGCGUGGGCAGCCGCGGAGUCCAAGCGGCUGGAGGCGGAGACAGAGGCUCGGAGGCGACAGGAAGAUGCCGAACUGCAGCUCGCCUUAGCUAUCUCCAGGCAGGAGAAGUGACCCUUGCGGUGGUGACCAACCAACGGUCAUAUACCUCCGGUAUUUUUGAGGGCGGUCAAAGAUCCACUCCACUUAUUUGUGCAUUUCAAAUAAUCCGUCUACAGCUCCGUGAUGAUUAAUUUGUCUCCAUAUAGCUUAUAUGUACAUUAUUUGACAUCGCAUCGAGUGUACUGGAGCUGUAUCCGUUUGUCUCUUUCGAUCACUAAUUCAGUCGCUAAGCGGAAAGGAGACAACAGAGUGACGUCACGCGCACGGACUUGGUUCGUAUGAUGCGUGCUUUAAAAAAAAUAUUCCAUUAAAUAAAUAAACCUAGUAUCCCUCACUGUUUGUUUCCGAUGUUUUUUCAGUUUUUUGUAUAUGUUGCGCGUUUAUUACGAUUGUAAAUAUUUGUUAUGCCUUUACGAGGUUCAAUUUAACGAUAUUAAACGAUAAUUAGACACAUUUAAGUACAUAUGUUUAUGUAACGUGAAUAUAAAUUAUAUGUUAUGCCAGUGAAGGGAUAUACGCCUUUGUCGUCUAUAUCUAUGUAUUAAUGUAUGAAAAAAUAACAAAAAAAUGACUAGUCAAUAAUAAAUCAAUUUAUGAAAAUUAAUAAAUUGAUACAUUGAACAAAAAUGAUAUAAAUCAAGAAAAUUCGUAGGCAAUUGAAAUAAUGAUUUGCAUAUUUGAUAGUCUUGUAAUAUUUUGUAGUAUAAUAUUUUCAACAAUCUAAAAGACCUUCAAGAUUUAUAAAAGAAAUAGUUGUUUUAAAGUAUAUAGAAUUGGGUUAUAGUUUUAUGCAUUUCAAAUGAACGCAUUUUUGUGAGAAGAUAUGUCAAUUUUUUAAUUACUAAAAGGUGGCAAACCUUCAAGCGGUCAUCUAAUAUAAAAAUAACGGCCUGAUUUAAAUUAAGAGUUACUCGUUGUUUUUUAGUUUUAAUACCGUUUAGUAUAUAAAUCAGUAGUUUUGUAUUGGCAACAUCUAUAAAGCAUGUUUUUUUAAGUAGAAUAUUUUAUCGUUUUAAAUAUUAGU